AGCAGGGCAUGCGGGUUUAGGAUGUGGCUAUUGGACAGUUAAUUUAGCAGGACUGGAACAGUCUGCCUAGUAGUGAAGGAUUUGUGGAAGUACAACGAAGAAUUGUCACAAUCGAGGAUAUUUUUGCGCCCGGCUCGUGGAUAAUGAGUGGCGCUAUUCCCAAGACUGCUGUCUUUAUGUCAAACUCGAAGAUAUCGCAUUGUUUACAAUGACAGUGCCAGGCACCACCUGGUGAGCAUAUACUGCCUACACAGAGGUCUCUCAGCCUCCUGAACGCCUCCUCUCGGGCCCCAGAGGAUGCUGGGAAUGUGUCGUGGGCGCAGGAAGUUCCUGGCUGCAUCUGUCGCCUUGCUUUUUAUUCCAGCACUCACCUGGCUAUAUCUGUCUGCUGUAAACGUCACAGUGAAGCCACUGCCUCUGUCUCCACUGGAGCCUCAAUCCUCCACACUGGCCCUGGAGCUACGGGUUCGUGAGGUAGAAGAAGAAAACCGAGCGCUCAGAAGAGAGAUUAGCCAGCUGCCCAGGAGUCCUACCCACGGCAACCAGCAUUCCCUUCACCACAGCAGCGGACACCAUGGCAACCAGUCCCAGCUUCAUUCCACUGAAGAGGGUACCGGUGAUAUUGAAGCUCAGAAAGCGCACUCUAAAGUCAACGGCUCCAGCUGUGUCCAGCAACCUGCUGUAGACAAAUGUGAGACCAUUCAUGUUGCCAUCGUGUGUGCGGGGUACAACGCAAGCCGAGAUGUGGUGACGCUGGUCAAGUCUGUGCUCUUUCACCGACGAAACCCUCUUCACUUCCACUUCAUCACAGACUCCAUCGCCAAGCAGAUCCUAGCCUCCCUCUUCCACACUUGGAUGGUGCCAGCUGUCCGAGUUGACUUUUAUGAUGCAGACGAAUUGAAGUCUGAGGUGUCAUGGAUCCCCAACAAGCAUUACUCAGGGAUCUACGGCCUGAUGAAGCUGGUUCUGACUAAGACGCUGCCAUCAGACCUGCAGAAAGUCAUCGUUCUAGAUACCGACAUCACCUUCGCUACAGACAUCGCUGAGCUGUGGGCUGUCUUUCACAAAUUCAAAGGUCAGCAGGUGCUUGGGCUGGUGGAGAAUCAGAGUGACUGGUAUUUGGGGAACCUGUGGAAGAACCAUCGACCAUGGCCUGCUCUUGGUCGAGGCUUCAACACUGGUGUGAUUCUCCUGCUGUUGGAUCGUUUGAGGAAGCUCAGAUGGGAGCAGAUGUGGAGACUGACAGCAGAGAGAGAGCUGAUGAGCAUGCUGUCUACAUCGUUAGCAGAUCAGGACAUCUUUAACGCUGUGAUCAAACAGAACCCCUUCCUGGUGCACCAGCUGCCCUGCUUCUGGAACGUCCAGCUGUCUGAUCACACACGCUCUGAGAAGUGCUACAGAGACGUGUCCGACCUCAAGGUGAUCCACUGGAACUCGCCUAAGAAGCUGCGGGUGAAGAACAAGCAUGUGGAGUUUUUCAGAAACCUUUAUCUGACCUUCCUGGAGUACGAUGGCAACCUGCUGAGGAGGGAGCUCUUCGGCUGUCCAAGUGAAACUGACCACAAUAGUGAGAAUCUCCAGAAGACUUUACUGGAGCUUGAUGAGGACGAUCCAUGUUACGAGUUCCGGAGAGAGCGUUUCACUGUGCAUCGCACACACCUGUACUUCCUGCACUACGAGUACGAUCCCAGUGAAGACCAGACUGAUGUUACGCUCGUGGCCCAGCUCUCCAUGGACAGGCUGCAGAUGCUUGAGGCCAUCUGUAAACACUGGGAAGGACCAAUCAGUCUGGCUCUCUACCUGUCUGAUGCUGAGGCACAGCAAUUCCUGCGCUAUGCUCAGGGUUCUGAGGUGCUUAUGAGCAGAAGCAAUGUGGGAUACCAUAUCGUCUACAAAGAGGGCCAAUUCUACCCCGUCAACCUGCUGCGCAAUGUUGCCAUGAAACAAGUCAACACACCCUACAUGUUCCUGUCUGACAUUGACUUCCUGCCCAUGUAUGGACUCUAUGAAUACCUCAGGAAAUCUGUAGUCCAGCUGGAUAUGGCGCACAAUAAAAAGGCUCUGGUAGUGCCUGCAUUUGAGACGCUGCGUUACCGGCUGUCAUUCCCCAAAUCCAAGGCUGAGCUGCUGUCCCAGCUGGACAUGGGCACUCUCUUCACCUUCAGAUAUCAUGUAUGGACAAAAGGCCACGCUCCAACCAACUUUGCGAAAUGGCGGACAGCCACAACGCCGUACAGAGUGCAGUGGGAGGCUGACUUUGAGCCUUACGUGAUGGUGAGGAGGGACAGUCCAGAAUAUGACCGCAGAUUUGUGGGAUUCGGCUGGAACAAAGUGGCUCACAUUAUGGAGUUGGAUGCACAGGAAUACGAGUUUGUGGUUCUUCCCAACGCCUAUAUGAUCCACAUGCCUCAUGCGCCGAGCUUCGACAUCACCAAGUUCCGCUCCAACAAACAAUACCGUGCUUGCCUCAAGACUCUCAAAGAAGAGUUUCAGCAGAACAUGUCUCGCCGCUACGGAUUUGCUGCCCUCAAAUACAUGACUGCAGACAACAACAGCUAGUAAAGUCACAGUAAAGUUUCAGUUUUCAGGUGGUACCAUUAGAUAUCACAUAGGAAAGCAGUGGGUCUGUAAUGGACCCAACAAUGGACUCAGGAGUGUGUUCUUCCAUUCUAUCCUUCAGGAAGCUGCCAUGAUGACCAUUUUGUCACUGCAUUGGAAACAGAAAUAGUGCAGUGUGUCAUGGCGUUGUUCUGGACAAAUUCAAUCCACCCAGCUUCCCAGAUGAACAGGGAAUUCAUCUGCUCCAUGAACAGGAAUUGAGAUGUUAUUAACCAUUGGGCAAGCACAAAAAUGUAUAUGGGCUGACUUGUGUUCCAGUCAGCUGGACUGAAUAUGAGCAAAGGGAAUGCCACUGCAGAGACCGAGCUGUGGUUUGGUGUUGGAUUACAUCUACUGAUGCCCAAAAGCUGAAUUUAACAUGUUUGUGUGUGCUUUCAGUCAUAGGGUGAUGUUUAGCAGUACUGGAUCUCAGACUAAUGACAGGUUAGCUUUCAGAAUAAGCAACACAGAGACACAGAAAGGGAUUCCCAGUCAUUUUUGUCAGGAAAAUGAUUAUUAAAGUGAGUAUUAAUAUGAUGUUUACAUCUUUUACAGAAUAUAACAGUAUUGUUUUUUUAAAUUAAAAAAAGGUUCAAUGUCUUAGAUUUUAUAGCACCUUUGUGGAAUCACUUUUCUUGUUAGAGCUCAGUAAGAGCCCAGGUAGGCUAAAGAUUGCAUCCAAUACUUAGUAACUGUUGUGUUUAUGGGAAAUGUCAGGCUCUCAGCAUUGACAGUCCAGACACAGACGAAAGCCCCGAAUCAUGUAUUUGUAAAUCUGAGUCACUUUUUUUUUUCUUCAGUAUUUUAUUGUAUGUUUUCAUAUUUCUGUGCUCAAUGUGAUUUAAAUGUUUUGUGUCAUUGUUCUAUGUCUAUAAGUAUUACAUUUACAUUUCUUGCAGCUAACAGAAAUGCACUCCGAGUUUAAAAGGCGAAGGUUUGGAAACCUACGUAUGUGUGUGUGGGGGGGUAACAAGAGAACAGGUAAUAUGUAGUACACAGUGUUAUUUAGGACGCAAGUCAACUGCCAGUACCGGUAUACAUGAUGUACAAAUAAUUGUGCAGCAUUUUUCCAGGGUUAGUUUGCACUUUUUUCCUCUAAUGAUGUGGAAAUUCCUUCAGUUAUGUUGUGUUUGAAUGAAAGAAAUCCUAAUUCACACACCCACAAAUCUGAAAAAUCAAGAACAAUGUUGGGAUUGACGGUGAAAAUGGACAUUUGAAUUGAGGGACCACAUAUAUGGGCAUGUUAUUUUGCUGAUCUCUGUCAGCAGCUGUUGAUUGCUCUUAUUGGUUUACAGAUCACUUGUACAGUGUAUAGAAACAGUGAAAUGGCUGCACACAGCUGACCUUUUCACGCUUGAUCUGCUGCUCAAACUUUUUGAAUGAAUCUGUGCUAACUGGUGCAGGAGAAGAAAAACAAAAAAGGAAACUAGAUACAUUUUUAAUUUCUUUAUAAUUACCAUUAACGUUAUUUGUACAGUGUUACUGUAGAUUUGAUAUUUCAUUGUAGGCAUAUUUAAUCUCUUGUUUUAGGUCAUUUUUUUGUCUUCUGGUGACUAUUUGACUAUUUUCAGCCAGAAUGUUUGGCAUCCCUAAUAAAUAUAGUUAACUGAAGUUAACUGUGUACUUGUUAAAAGUCAAAUUGCACUUUGUAUACCUUGACACAAAGCGAGGACGCCAUGUCAGUCGAGAGCAGCACCCAAAUCAUCUGGCAUUUUCAGAAGGGGGUGGUUGGGGGAGACGACUUCUCUUUGGCAUAUUUUUGAGUGAUAACUAGUACUAGUAAAGUAUUAAAAUGCGGAGCUCCCACACAACAUGUGUGAAAGUUGGCAGGUCUGAUAGAUUA